AUGAACGCCGAACAAGUCGACAUUGUCUAUUCCGACGCCAACAUUCUGGUUGAUCCGUCAGGAGAAAAGGCGGAGGCGGUAUUCAUUCGUGAUGGCAAGAUUGCCGCUAUCGGCUCUAAUGAGGAGGUCAUCAAGACUGCAGGUCCAUCAGUAAAGAACGUCUCCGUGGCUGGGGCAACCAUAACCCCAGGCUUGAUCGAUACACACCCUCACGUCCUUCAUUUUUCGGCUUAUGCAGCUGGUUUGGUGGACCUCUCUAACGUCCGUAACCAUGGCGAGAUUGUGGCUCUCAUUCGAGAGAGAGCUGCCAAAACUCCGAAAGGAGAGUGGAUAGUUACUACUCCCAUUGGCGAGGGUUCUUUCUACGUCCGGCGCUCGUGGCAACAUUUGGAAGAAGGCAGCUUUCCGGACCGGCACGUCCUCGAUCAGGGAUCUCCCGAUCACCCCAUUAUGAUUCAGGCAUGGGCCCCUCGAGUUCCGAAUACGGUUUCAGUCAACACAUUGGCUUUGGAGAUGCUGGGUAUCAAUUCCUCAAGCCCAGAGCAAAUGGGUAAGGUGUGGAUCAACAGAGAACCUAGCGGUCACCCUUCUGGCAUCUUCACCGGAAAUGUGAAUGCAUACUACAACUUCGACUCGUUUUGGAGCUCUAUACUCAAGAAGAUGCCGCCAAUUUUCUCGCCAGAGAAAAUUCCCCCUGCACUCAUCGGAGCCAUGAAAAAGGUCAACGCGAACGGCAUUACAGCGGUUUGGGAGGGGCAUGCCAUGCUCGACCAGGAGAUUGAGCUUUACAGGAUGUUCAACGACCAGUCACUAUUGACUUUGAGAGGUUACUUGGAUCCAUGGGGCAAUAUUACCCGAGGAAUGCGCCUACUUGGCGACGGGCAAAUACCAAUGAUCUGUGAUUUUGCUGCUGCCAACAACUUCAAGAUAAACUUCUGUUGCGGCAGCCCGUACGACUUGCAGGAGUUCAUCGACGAGGCUGAGAAGGCUAAGAAGCGAUAUAACUUGGGGAAGCUCCAAUGGGUUGUUCAACAUGGGAUCAUGCAAGAAGAGCACCAUCCAGCGAUAUUGGCGGAGCUAGGGAUCGAUCAAACGAUUAGUCUUGCAUUUACCUUUGGCAAAGCCGACAUGUACAGAGAUCGAGUUGGGCCCCAAGUCCUGCCGAUGAUGAACCCACUUCGAAGCCUUCUUGAUGCCGGGGUAAACACAGCGGCGAGCAGUGACUGGGGUCCAUCGAAUCCAUGGGAGCAGAUGCAACUGGCAGUAACCCAUAAAAUGUACCCGAGUGGCACGACGAACGCUGGACCGCGACAAGUUGUGACUCGUGAUGAGGCGUUCUGGAUGUGGACGGCAUCUGGCGCCAAAGUCCUGCGAUGGGAAGAGAUGGGGUCUCUACAGCCUGGAAAGAAUGCCGACUUGAUUAUAAUCGACCGCAACCCGAUUACCUGCCACUUGGAUCAACUGCCAGACAUCAAGGUGCACAGAACAAUUAUUGGUGGGCGUGUUGUGCAUGAUGAUGGUACCUAUACGCAGUAG